AUUCAAUUUUUAUUUUUCUAAUGGCUACAGCUACUAAUAAUUUUAGUGAUAAAAUCGAUCAAUCCCAGUCUAUUACCAAUCCAUUACCAUCGUUAGAAGAUUAUUCCAAUAAUGUCGAGAAUAUCAUUCAAAGAGUUAAUUAUCGAUUUGCAAAAAAUCAAUCAAAUUGUCAUACUAUACUUUAUUAUGGACAUGAUACUGAUCGUUUACGACUAGUUGAAUUUUUGUUUGGUCAACAUAUUGUAUCCAAAUCUAAAUGGGAUGUUCAUCUGAUACGUACGAAUCUUUUACCGAAUCUUUUUGAUCAUCAACAGGCUCGAGAAUUGAUUCGAACAACCAAACAAAUGAAUGAUUUAUGUUUUUUGAAGAUUUACUAUUUAGAGAAUCGUAAAUCGCUACUUGAUCAUUUGUCGAAUAUAAGUGCUAGUAACCGAAAACAAUUACUACCUAAAGCUUUCAUUAUUGAUGAUAUAAUGGCAUAUGUGGUUGAUUCAUCAUUAACUGAUCAAACAAGCAAUGAACAUCGACAAUCAACCGUUGAUACAACAGAAACAACAGAUCCCGAACCUCAAAGAAAACGGUUUCGAACAAAUUCCUGGAAUCGAUUGGAAGAAAAAUUUCAAAGUCUAAUUCGUAUUAUAAGUGGUUCAAUUGAUACUCUUGAGUAUUGUGCACAACGAUUACAACGUACAACAUAUUUAAUAGUCAAAAUUGAUCUGCAUACAUUUUAUCCAGCCGAUCCAUCACUACAAAAAGAUUUAUUGUUUAAAUUAAAUCGAUCUCAUUUUAAACAUAAAAUUAAUGUCGAUAAAAUACCUUUUGAAAUGGAUUAAUUCGAAUUAUUCCAAUUUUAUUUUAUUUUUUUAAAUACCUUAGUCUUUAUUAAAAAUAAGAUUUUA